UCCUUUUGUUAUCCUUGCCACUUUACCAGCUGGCAGAGAGCCUUCCUUUACCAAUUCUCUAUUUCCUUUCCUCAUUCCCAUUCUCCGAUCCAUCCCUAAAAUCAACUGACGAGAGAUCGAUGAUGAUGAAGAUGCCUUGGAGGAGGAAGAGCAGGAGCUUCCAUCUUCAGCUACAAGGGGCAAUUGGUACCAUUCAAUCUCCAUUCCUAUUCUUAUUUACCAAUUAUUGCCAUUCUUCUACUUCCACACUUGAAGAUGCACGCUUCUUGACAAAUAACUUGAAAUCUGCUUCUUUUACCCGCCUUGAUGAUGCCAUUGCUUCCUUCAAUCAUGUAAUUCAUAAGCAUCCUCUUCCUUCUAGGGCUCAAUUUAGUAGAUUCUUAUCUGCCCUUGUGAAAAUGAAACAAUAUCACACUGUCUUUUCCAUGUCCAAAACAAUUGAAUUGCUAGGAAUCUCACACGAUGUUUAUUCUCUUAGCAUCUUAAUUAAUUGCUUCUGCCACUUACACCUUGUGGAUUUUGGCUUCUCUGUUUUUGGUAAGAUGCUCAAAUUCGGAUUGGAGCCUACCACUGUGACAUUUAAUACCUUAAUUAAUGGGCUUUGUAUAGAGAGUAAAAUCGAUAAAGCAGUGGAAUUUUUCGAUGAUAUGGUUGCACGUGGUUAUCAACCUGAUGUUCGUACUUUCAAUGUGAUAGUAAACGGAAUGUGUAAAUUUGGGAAAACAAAUGUGGCUAUUGGGCUACUAAAGGGAAUGGCUGAUAGAGGUUGUGAGCCAAAUGUUGUGACAUACAGUGCAAUCAUUGACGCCCUUUGCAAGGAUGAGCUAGUUGGUGAGGCUUUAGAGCUCUUCUCUCAAAUGAGGAAUAAGGGCAUUUCACCUAAUGUCAUCACUUACAAUAGUUUAAUUCAUGGUGUUUGCAAAUUAGGCCAAAAGAACCAAGCUUUGGCCUUGAUGAAUGAAAUUGUGGAGCAAAACAUAUUACCAGAUGUUUAUACCUUCAAUGUAUUGAUUGAUGCUCUUUGUAAGGAUGGAAUGGUUUCAGAGGCUCAAAAUACAUUCAAUGUAAUGAUUCAAAGAGGUGUAGAGCCUGAUGUGGUCACCUAUAAUUCCUUAAUUGAUGGUCUUUGCAUUUCAGACCAAUUCAAGGAAGCUUUGGCCUUGUUGAAAGAAAUGGUGGGGAGGAACAUAUCCCCUGAUGUUUUUACCUUCAAUAUAUUGAUCAACACUCUUUGUAAGAAAGGAAUGGUUUCAAAUGCACAGAAUAUAAUCAAGAUAAUGAUUCAAAGAGGUGUGGAACCUACUGUUGUCACUUAUAAUUCAUUGAUGGAUGGAUUUUGUCUGUGCAAGCAAAUUGAUAAGGCUAGAAAGGUAUUUGAUCUGAUGGUGACCAAUGAAAUAGCUGACAUUUUUAGCUACAACAUUUUGAUCAAUGGAUAUUGUAAGUGCAAAAUGAUAGAUGAUGCAAAGGAACUUUUUGAUGAAAUGUCUCAUAAAGGUUUAGUUCCUAAUGCUGUUACUUAUCAUAGUCUUAUAAAGGGUAUGUUUCAAGCAGGGAGGCCCCAAAAUGCAAAAGAGCUCUUUAAGGAUAUGUGCUCUCAUGGUCAACAGCCAGAUAUAGUAACCUUCUCAAUUAUGAUUGAUGGCUUGUGUAGUCAGGGGAAUCUCGAUGAAGCACUCACCCUGUUGAAAAAAAUGGAGGAAAGUCAGUUAAAGCCUAAUCUUGUGAUCUAUUGCAUUCUGAUCAAUGGUAUGUGCAAAGCUGGGAAGAUUAAUGAUGCCAAGGAACUGUUUUCUAGUCUUUUUGAAAAUGGUUUACGACCCAAUGUUUAUGUAUAUAGUGCAAUUAUGAAAAGACUCUGCCGAAAAGGAUUAAUAGACGAAGCGUAUAAGGUAUUUAGAGACAUGGAAAAGGGAGGAUGUUUACCGAACAAUUGUUAUUAUAAUAUCAUCAUUCAAGGGUUUCUCAAGCAUGAGGAUUUACCAAAAGCAUCAGAACUAAUCAACGAAAUGGUUGAUAAGGGGUUCUCUGCUGAUGCUACUACCACCGAAUUGGUAGUACAUUUAUCGCGGAAUAAUGAUCUCAUUCUGAGGCUUUUAAAGGUGCGCAAUGAGGGAUCAGCAAACUAAAGUUGUUAUAUCUUGACCAUUCAAGUGUGUCUUGGAGUGCAACUUGGUAAUUACCUUUUUCAAAUAUAAUAGAUAUGUAAUUUAACUAACUUCUUCAAAUAUCAUUUUUAAUUUCAAACAGCUGUGAUUCUCUUCCACAAAACGAAAAUUUCUAACACUGCAAAUUACCUGUGGUGGAAACCAUGAUAUGUGUGUGCCUUUCGCUUGAAUUCAGACAUGGACUUGAUCUCUUUGAUAUAAGAUUGUUGAUGAAUGGAGGUCAUGGAUUUCUAAUGAUCAAGUUGCUGAUACUUGCAAGGAUAUGAUUACAACUUCACCUUUCUAACCAUAAAGGGUGCAGGAUAUACAGUCCCAGAGUACAAGGUAAGAGAAUCACUAGACUUCUACAGCUGUUGGUUGGAUGAAAUGUCACUAAAAUUAUAGACAACAGAAAAUGUUAUGGGAAUUGAAGGAAAAACAAACAUCCUCUUUGUCACCCUUUUUUUUUUCUAGUCAUCAAGUUGGGUAUAUAUAUAGAUAGAUACUUAAUUUCUUUUAUUUUCCUUCAGGUCAAAUUAGUGAAAUCAUUGCAUUAGCAUCUAAUAAUAUGAAGUUCACAAUCUUUUCCAAUGAAAUCAAUUUUUUAACAUGAAAAUUUGAAUUUUAGAAAUGCUUGUGGAAGGUAUAUAUAUAUUCUUCCCUUUGAGAUUCUUUACUUUGUGCCAAGUUGAUUGGAUGUGUAACUGGCGAUUAAAUGUUGAUAGUUAAUAGCAAUAGCUAUCAAAUAAAGCGAGUCCAUUUUAAGGAUAUGAUUAAAUCACUUUGCUUGGCCUAAUGCAACUAUUUUCAAUCUGCUUUCUAAAUUAACCAAACCUCUAUUGUAUGAUUUGUAUCCUGCUGAAGCCAAGGUACAAGUGUAGUGGUUGAGAAAUCUGCCAUUUUUUUUUAGUUUUUUGUUUGACAGAAAAUCUAUCAAUUUAAGUUGUUGAAACUGUUGAAUCUUGGGAUAGUAAAUUCUUUACAAUGGCUGUAUAUUAAGGAAAAUUACUUAGGAAAUCAUCUCUGUAUAAGAUAUCUUUAUCGUAUAUAAUAAUAAUAAUAGAAUCAAGUAUGAUCAUUUUGUCAAUAUGGUAUAUAACGGAUAUAUUUUAGUGUUGGACCACCAUUUGAGUUAUUUAUAUGGUGCAUUUUGCGAUACAUUUGUGUGGUGGUAUGAAUGUGAAACGCAUUGUUUCUUACUGUUUGAGAUGUUAGUUAAGUUAGGCAAGAAAAGUUGUUUUGGUUGUUUCUUUUCUCCUUUCAGCAGUAUAUAAUGAGACAUCUUAUGUUUUUACCA